UACAGGAGCACACACACCCUCUCCUUCCCUGCCUGAAGCUCCGCUAUCUUUAGCUCUGCCACGGAUUAACGUUACAGUGCGCAGUGUGUGGACAGACUGCUCCCCGGUGCGACCUGUUCGGUUUAUCGCUGUGUGUGUACUUUGCGCUGAAGCUCUCUCGCAUUAAAAAAAAAAACACUAGACAAAAUACGAACAUAAAACAAAAGUGAUGGGGGAAUGACAACAACCUCCGCCCCCGUCUGCUGUUCGCCGUCCCCGAGAAGACCCCAAGGAUGCUCCUGCUCUCCAGUCCGCGGAACGGACGCCAGCGCCGGGCCUCGCUGCUGCUACUCGCCGUAGUCCUGCUCUGUUUCGUCCCUGUCAGUGCUAGCCUACCAGCUGGAAGAAAGUGCCCUCACCAAAUAGACUGUGCCAGAGAGGGCCGCCAGUUCUGCCAGCCUGACUCCUCCCACUGUGGCCCCUGCCUCUCCCCAUUCGAGGAGAACGAGGAAGGACGCUGCGUGAUGAGGAAGAGGCACCAUCGGCAUGGCAAAGUGACAUUCUACCCCGACCUGGAUGAAGAGAUUGAUUACCUUCACUCUGUCAUCGAAAAACAGGAAGUAACAGAGAUCAAACCACCAAAAAAGCAAUCCAAACAUCCUGCUGCCGUCACCUCCCAGACAGAUGUUAAAAACAACAAAACAGAUGCCUCCAAACACAAACAGAAAAGCCAGAGUCAUCUCUCAGAUGAAAACCUGCAUGCCAUCACUGCAGCCCCCAGCACUGUAGUUUCUGCCCUUCCUAACACACCAACCCCCCAGCCCAGGGCCACUGGAGUUGAGGGCCGAGCCGGUCCAGUAGCUGUGCCAGCAUCCAGGAAUGACGGCAUUAUUGUUAUAAUGAUCUCGCUGUGUGUGGUGGUGGGAAUUGUGGCAGUGAUCCUGGCAACUGUCUGUUAUGUCAAGUUGCAGAAAGAAUCGCAUCUAGCUCAGAAGGUCGACUACCCUGCAUUCAGAGGGGCAGGUGCGCCUGCUGCCACAACCAAGGGUACCCCGAUGGGAGAUAAGAGUCUGGCCCAAAGUGCCCAAAUGUAUCAUUACCAACAUCAAAAACAGCAGAUGCUCUCAGUGGGAAAUCACAAACCUGAACAGAAAGUCCAUGACAUAGAGGUCACAUCCGAUGAGGAAGAAGUGGGAGGAGACUUUACAGUAUAUGAGUGCCCUGGUCUUGCACCGACUGGAGAGAUGGAAGUGAAGAACCCUCUGUUUGAUGACUCGACUUUACAUUAUCAGGGGAAUCACAAGUGAAUGCUGAACACUUUAUAUACACGCACACACACACACACACACACACACACACACACACACACACACACACACACACACACACAUUUCUCUGGAAGAAACCACUUGAUCUCACACUGCAUGCAUAGAAAUGGAGGACCCUGGCAGAGAAUGAGGUGAUAAAAAUGAUUGUUUUCUUCUUGGCCCUUUACUAUAUCUGCCCCGAGUAUAGCUUUUAAUACAACAAAUGUAUGUUGGGUUCCUUGUUAAUUUAUUUCUAUCACUGUUUCAGAGCAUUCCUGUCUUUUAACAUAAGGUUUAGACUCUUAAGUUAAGAUUUUCUCCUCCACCUUUGUAAUUUUCCUUCAUUUCCACAGCUAUUUCCAAAGAAUGUGAUACAAUAACAGAAAAGUGUACUACAGACACACACACACACACACACACACAUAUAUAUAAGCGAAGAUGGUGCCCUCCCUUGUUUUGACAUGCUAAACCACAUUAGCUAGUGGAUAAACAACAUUUCUAUCAGAUAGCCAGGAAAUAUUUAAAAUUAGUCUCUGUGAUAUCUCUGUGAAAACUCCCUAACACAACACAAGGUUUAGCACUGAAAAUGUCACCGUUGGUGUUGCUAAUUUUAUUUCUUGUCAUAUCAGCUGCACAUAAAGAUUUUAAGAAUAUAGAAUAUAAUGAUGAUGAUGAUGUCUGUUUGCAUGGUUUGACUGUACUGUAUUUGAAUCAUGGCAAUCCUUUGAUGAAUUAUUCUGCCUCCUGUAUGUAUGCAUUCUGUUGUUGGAGGAAGAACGUACAGUGAUAGUGACUUCUGAGCACUUGAAUAAAAUUUUUGGAGACAGACUAUACUGAUGGAUGUGUAGGUGAUAAAAUAUCUUGUAUUGUCCCUCUUUCCUCUCUGUCCUUGUCGGUCCCAAGUUAAACUUGUGCUGCAGAAUGUACAUACAAAGAGUGAAAGUGUUCACUUUUUAUAUAUAUUUGUACAUGCAGACCAAGGAUUGGAAUUAAAACUUUUUACCACAUGUGAAAA